AUGUCGACUUUAUCAGAUGAAGGAUCGCUUUCGCAAGAGCGACAGCAUGUACAAGAUGAGAGCGAUGUGGCAGUACCUUCGAGCCCGCUACUAGAGCCGAGAGCAAAAUCACCAGCUGGGUUGAGGGCGAAACUGGGCUUGGGCGGUGUUGCGAGAAGAACCCUUGGCUUUGCGCUGUUAUUGCUGACGGUGUUCCUAUGGACAUUAUACAACUUCAUCGCCAGUUACAUGUUCUCUGAUCAAACCUACAACAAGCCUUUCUUCAUCGUUUACCUCAACACCUCGAUAUUCGCCAUCUCCUUAAUACCCAAGUUCUUCAAAUACCUACGGAAGCAUGGAAUCGGUGGAAUGACACAUGACGCGACGCAGUUAUGGUCUGAUUACAAGCAUGGCAAAAUAAAUACGAAGUCACUCUAUCAAUCCGAGGACGAACAGGCAACCGAGCGCUUGAUAUCGCAAGGAUACGGAAGCACCGAAACCGCAACCUCCGAAGAGAAGCUGACAUUCAAAGAGACUGCCGUUUUGAGCUUCGAGUUCUGCAUGCUAUGGUUCUCAGCGAACUACUUUGCGUCAGCUUGUCUCGAAUACACAAGCGUCGCGAGCGUUACGAUCCUGACAUCCACGAGUAGUGUCUGGACUCUUAUCUUCUGUUCCCUAUUCGGAAUCGAGCGGUUCUCAACGGCCAAGAUCUUGGGUGUAGGAGCUUCCCUAGCAGGAGUGAUUCUUAUCUCCACUGUGGAUUUGUCCGGCAAAAGCGAUGAGGAUAGAGGGUCGUUCCCGCACAAGUCACCUACGCAAAUCGCGGUUGGAGAUUCGAUGGCGCUUCUGAGUGCCGUGAUUUAUGGUCUUUAUGUGACUGUGAUGAAGCGCAAGGUCCCGAACGAGGACAAGGUCGAUAUGCAGCUUUUCUUCGGACUUGUUGGUGUCUUCAACGUGGUUCUCCUUUGGCCCAUCUUCUUCAUCUUGCAUUGGACAGGCUUGGAGCCGUUUGAACUCCCACCUAGUAGCACACUUUGGGGCAUCAUUAUUUUCAAUGCGGUGUCUUCCUUCAUCAGCGAUAUUUCGUGGGCUCUCGCUCUGCUCAUGACGACACCCCUUGUGGUGACAGUUGGCCUAUCUCUCACAAUACCCUUGUCUUUGAUUGGCGAGAUCUUGCAGUAUCAGCAAUAUUCGAGUUUUACCUAUUGGGUUGGUGCUGCAGUUGUUUUUGUUUCAUUUAUUGUGGUCAGCCGAGAGAGCAACGAUGGGGAGGAACCCAAAAGGGACGACGACUUGGAGAGAUCGGUGGGAGUUUAA